GAGAAAGCGUCGUCGUUCACAACUAGGACAUUCUUGCACUGAACGAAACCUCAUCUUCUUUUUCACUUCUCAUCCACCAUUGAAGCCUUUACCAUCUCUGUCUCUCUCUCUCUCUCUCUCUCUCUCUCUCGUUCUCUCACUCUCGUUCUCUCACUCUUACUCUUACUUUUAAUUGGGGUUGAAGAUGAGAAUCUGUGGAGCAGCAACCUGCAGCAGCUGCACCACCACGUCCAGUUCCCUUCUAGUGUUCAUUUCUUCUUCCUUCUCCAGUCCUUCCAAGACAAAGUUCCUGCCCUCACUUUCUAGAUUUUCUGUCAAGCCUUCUUGCUUCUUUUCCCAGAGUCGUCCCCGUAUUGCUUUCAACAGGCCUUCCAUGAACUUGUUGAACAGACUCGGGUUUGGUAGCACAAGGGCACCGGAGAACAUGGAUUCGUCCAUUCCUCAGGGACCAGAUGAUGACAUACCAGCACCAGGCCAGCAGUUUGCCCAGUUUGGUGCUGGCUGCUUUUGGGGUGUUGAGUUGGCCUUCCAGAGGGUGCCUGGGGUGACCAAGACAGAGGUUGGUUACACCCAGGGGCUUUUACAUAAUCCAAGCUAUGAGGAUGUGUGUUCAGGGACAUCAAGCCACUCAGAGGUUGUAAGGAUCCAAUAUGAUCCAAAACAAUGUGGCUAUGAGAGUCUGCUUGAUGCGUUCUGGGCUAGACAUGAUCCUACCACACUGAAUCGACAGGGGAAUGAUGUGGGAACACAGUACAGAUCUGGAAUAUAUUACUACACGCCUGAACAAGAGAAGGCGGCGAGAGAGUCUUUGGAAGAACAACAGAAGCAGUUGAACAGGAAGAUUGUUACUGAGAUCCUUCCUGCCAAGAAGUUCUACCGGGCAGAGGAGUACCAUCAACAAUACCUUGAGAAAGGUGGCCGAUUUGGUUUCAAGCAAUCUGCUGUUAAAGGAUGCAAUGAUCCAAUUCGAUGCUAUGGUUAGUUGUUGAAAGUGAGUUACCAUGGAGGAUCAUUGUGACUGGUUCUUUAGAUGUUGAAUGUCAAUAGUUUUGUUAGUAAGUAUUUGUUGAUAUAUUAACAAAGCUUGUGCACACUGUAUUGGAGGUUGAAGAUGGACAUAACCAUAAACUCAGUUGUAGAGUUGUAUAUUGUCUUUUAUAUAAAUAGUUUUGUUAUGAGGUA